AAGGAGACAGGGUGCAUUAUGUGGGAUGAUAGGCGAGGAAGACAGGCUCUCUUCAGUUUAUAUAUCUAUUCAGAUAUAUACCUUUGAUUGAACGUAGAUAACCAUUCUUCUUUGUUGAGAGUUAUUUCAGGAUAAGUGUCGUGCUUGGAUCAUUGUUGGACAUAUUUUCAUGUUUUUUUCUUUUGCUAUGGCUCGUGGAAUAUCAGCCUACACCGGGUGCGUUAAAUGGCGCUUUGGCUGCGGACAGAAUCGGCAUUUUGUGUUCUUCCUUUUUUAUUUCACUUAUAUGGUGAGCGGACAUAUCCGAUAUUCAAUCCCAGAGGAGAUGAAGAAAGGAUCUCUGAUCGGUAACGUAGCACAGGACCUGGGUUUGGAUCUGAGAAGGCUUCGUUCUGGUCGGGCCCGUAUCGUGACCGGAGAGAGCAUCCAGUACACCGAGCUGAAGACAGACAAAGGGAUUCUAGUCGUCAAAGAGAGAAUAGACCGAGAGCAGCUUUGCGGAGACGUGACACCGUGUAGUUUCAGCUUCGAGGUGAUUUUAGAAAACCCCAUGGAGCUUCAUCAAAUCACAGUUGAGAUCACAGAUAUAAAUGAUCAUUCGCCCUCGUUCAAACGAGACAGAAUGCAAUUUGAAAUUAGCGAAUCAGCUAAUGCAGGUGCUCGUUUUCCACUGACUAGCGCAGAAGACCCAGAUGUAGGUGUGAAUGGACUCAGAGAAUAUUUUCUGUCCGAGAAUGAUAAUUUUGUUCUGAAGCAAAACUCGAAUGCGGAUGGAAAGAAGUAUGCAGAGAUGGUGUUACAGAAGCCAUUAGACAGAGAGACGAAUCCGCAUCUGUCUCUAAAGCUGAUAGCUGUCGACGGUGGAACUCCGCAGAGAUCUGGUACAGUAAACAUAGAUAUCACUGUUCUUGAUAACAAUGACAACGCGCCUGUAUUUAAUCAGUCUGUGUACAAAGCUACAGUGAUGGAGAACUCUCCCAGAGACACGUACGUCACCACUGUUAAUGCCAGUGACGCAGAUUCUGGGUCUAAUAGUGUAGUGACGUAUUAUUUCUCAGAUCUCAGUGGUGGACUUGGUAAUUUGUUCACAGUAAAUGAAAAGAAUGGUAUCAUUUUGAUAACAGGGUCUAUUGAUUACGAAAAAGACAAGAAGUACGAGCUCAGGAUCGAGGCAAAAGAUCAGGGAGGUUUGACAGAUUCAAGUAAAGUAGUAAUUGAAGUAAUUGAUGUAAAUGACAACGCCCCAACUCUUAGCGUCAUGUCAUUCACCAGUCCUGUGUCAGAAGAUUCCCCUUCUGGAACAACUAUUGGCAUUAUAAAUGUAAAAGAUCUUGAUUCAGGUGAAAACGGGCAAGUUAACUGUAGAAUCGAACAAAACGCACCUUUCAAGAUUAAAUCUAAUUUGAGGAAUUACUACACUUUGGUAACAGACACUGUAUUAGAUCGUGAACGUGUUUCAGAAUAUAACAUCACUGUAGUAGCAACAGAUGCAGGAAUGUCUCCUCUCUCCACAAAGAAAACCUUUCAUUUAAAGGUGUCUGAUGUGAACGAUAAUGCUCCAGUGUUUCCACCGAGUGUUUACAAUGCGUUCAUCUCAGAGAACAACUCUCCUGGUGUUUCUGUUCUCACGCUGAGAGCUAAAGAUCCUGAUGAGAACCAAAACGCCCGAAUAUCUUAUAUUCUGGAAGAUGCAAAUAUCGGUGCAUCUCCAGUUUCUGAAUAUGUUUCUAUAAAUGCAGAGAGCGGAGUGAUACACGCAGUGCGUUCAUUUGAUUAUGAGCAGAUCAAACAGCUGAUUUUCGUCGUGAAAGCGCAGGAUGGAGGCUCUCCUCCACUCAGCAGUAACGUGAGUGUGAAAAUAAUGAUCCAGGACCAGAACGACAACCCUCCUCAGGUUCUGUACCCGGUCCAGACUGGAGGCUCUGUGGUGGCUGAAAUGGUGCCUCGUUCAGCAGAUGUGGGCUAUCUGGUGACUAAAGUGGUGGCUGUUGAUGUGGACUCUGGACAGAAUGCCUGGCUCUCCUAUAAACUGCAGAAAGCCACAGACAGGGCGCUGUUUGAAGUGGGCUUACAGAAUGGAGAAAUCCGAACUAUCCGCCAGGUGACUGAUAAAGAUGCUGUGAAACAGAGACUGACUGUUAUAGUGGAGGACAACGGGCAGCCCUCUCGUUCAGCUACAGUCAUUGUUAACGUGGCGGUGGCCGACAGCUUCCCGGAAGUGCUGUCGGAGUUCACCGACUUUCCUCACGACAAGGAGUACAAUGACAACCUGACUUUUUACUUAGUGCUGGCUUUGGCUGUAGUGUCCUUCCUGUUCAUCACGUGUUUAGUGGUUAUUAUAUCAGUGAAAAUCUACAGAUGGAGACAGUCUCGCGUCCUGUAUCACUCCAGUCUCCCUGUGAUUCCAUAUUAUCCUCCACGUUACUCAGACACUUUGGGGACAGGGACUCUCCCACACGUGUACAACUACGAGGUGUGCAGGACGACUGACUCCAGAAGGAGUGACUGUAAGUUCGGCGGAGCUGGUAGUCAGAACGUGUUGAUAAUGGACCCCAGUUCUACAGGGACGAUGCAGCGGAUUCAGAGUGAGAAGAGCAUCCUGGAUGAACCAGACUCUCCUCUAGAGGUCAGUUAAACAGUUCAAAUUCACAUGUGGUCUCUGUGUUC